AUGGGUCAACGACAUUCAAUUUCUGUCGAGUGGACUUUGGCUGAUCAUCUGUUCACCCUGACGCGUGAGAUUGUUCGUGAACUGUUCAACAAUCCUGUCGCCAUCAACUCGAUCAUCCAGCAUCAGAAGCAGUGGGGCAUUCAUCCGAGCAUGGGAAGCCGGCAUCUGGUUGGUCUGGUCAUCCAAUUGCGCGGUCUGACACGUGAUGAACUCAUGACGACACCCAAAGCUCGAGCCCGCCGAGAAGAGUACCUGGCCAAGGUAGCACGUAGAGACUCCGAACAAAAGAAGAUUAUGCUUGAGUUGGUUGACAAACUGAACGCACUAUCUAAGAGACAAAAGGAAUUGGAGACAAGGGACGCGGGAUGCCACAACGGUUGGACAGAAAAUUGGCUUUUACUUGUCACUUUGAUAAAUUGUAGCACUGUGCUAAAGAUGUCAACUCUCACUAACGAUGCCUGUGAAAGGUCUGGCGACAUACCAAGUCUACGGCCCGAUUCUAGAAAUCAUGAAUACUAUGGCAUAGGAUGA